CUGGGUAGGAUUCCUCUUUAUCGUCUCCGCGGCGGCUGCAUCGCAGACCGAGAGAGACCGCCUCCUGUCUUCCAACAAAUCUCGGGUGGCGGAGAUUUGUUUUGUUCUCUUCCUUUCCUUCUCAAUUUCCUGCCAUCUUCCCAAGGCCCGUUUGUCGCUGUCCCGUUGCUGCUUGGAAGAAGGGAUAGGAGAGGAGAGAAGAGGGGGACUGGUGUUGGCGGUGGCAUUUGGGCUUUGUCAUGUCGUGGGGGGUUGGGGGACAUGCACCUGCUGCGGUUCCAUUCUUCUUGUGAUAGAAAUCCAUGGGAUGCAUCUGAUAUGGGGUGUGGGAGCCUUGGGAAGACAGCCAGCUGAGGUGCAGGGCAUGGCCUCUGCUCUUGCACUUGUUUUGCCUCGAUCCACUCGGAAUUAGCAGCUACAGUGCGAGGAAGAGAAGAAAGGCAGCCCCUUUCUGCUCUGGGGUUCUAUUUCUCUUGCACUCUUCAUGAUUCGCUGUAGGAGGCGAGAUACAUGCUAGAUCCUGUUAAUUUCGCGCAGACAUGGAAUCUUGCGAUGGAUUCUUUGCCCUCGACGAGUUCCGCCUGGAUCCGAAGUGGCUCAUCGAUCCCAAGUUGCUCUUCGUCGGGCCGAAGAUUGGGGAGGGCGCUCACGCUAAAGUCUACGAGGGCAAGUACAAGAAUCAGAAUGUUGCUGUCAAGGUCAUGCACAAGGGGGACACCCCCGAGGAGGUGGCGAAGAAGGAGGCCAGAUUCAUGAGGGAGGUGGCGAUGCUCGCCCGUGUUCAGCAUAAGAACCUCGUCAAGUUUAUUGGAGCUUGCAAGGAGCCUGUGAUGGUGGUGGUCACCGAUCUCCUGCCGGGGGGGUCGCUCCGCAAAUACUUGGUAAACUUGAGGCCACGGAGCUUGGAGCCUCGAGUUGCUGUUGGCUUUGCACUGGAUAUAGCGCGGGCUAUGGAAUGCUUGCAUUCUCAUGGGAUCAUUCAUCGUGAUCUGAAGCCUGAGAACUUGCUAUUGACUGCAGAUCAGAGGACAGUGAAACUUGUUGACCUUGGUUUGGCUAGGGAAGAAACAUUAACAGAGAUGAUGACUGCUGAAACAGGGACAUACCGUUGGAUGGCUCCAGAGUUAUACAGCACUGUCACAUUAAGGCAUGGGGAAAAGAAACAUUACAAUCACAAGGUGGAUGUAUACAGCUUUGCGAUCGUGUUGUGGGAGCUGCUUCAUAAUCGUCUUCCGUUUGAAGGCAUGUCUAACCUUCAAGCAGCCUAUGCAGCUGCUUUCAAGAACACCAGGCCAAGUGCGGAUAACCUUCCUGAGGAACUAGCUCUGAUCUUAACUUCUUGUUGGAAAGAGGACCCAAAUUCACGCCCCAACUUCACCCAGAUAAUACAGAUGCUCCUAGAUUAUCUUACCAUGCUUUUGCCGCCUGAACGUGUGGUUCGUUCCCGUGCCUUCAGCUCAGAGAAUGUGGUUUUACCACCUGAAUCACCUGGGACAAGUUCACUAAUGGCAGCCCGAGAUGAACUGGGUGAUACCACAAAGCCUGACAAGUUCACUGAUAACAAGCGAUAUUUCUGCUUCGGCCAGUGCUUCUGAUCAACCUCUAAAGAGAGCACUAAACCCUACAAACUGUUUGGUGGUUUCUCAGAUGGUUACUCUUGCAACCCUGCUGUUUCCCUGUUCCUGCAUGCUGCGUGCUGGGAAGAAACAAGAUAUGCCCUUCGCCUUGCUUACAAGAUCAAAAUAACCUGUUUCCCUCUCAUAUAUGGUGUAAAUUGCUUGUCAAAAUGCCCGUGGAACGGGUGGGAAAGAAAGGCUUCUCUUCAAGUUGAACACAACUAUUGAGUUACAUACUAUGAUCUGAUCCGAUCUUUUAGGUGCUUUAGAAAUCACAUUAUUUAUCUGAUCCUCGAUACCAUCUACCAUCAAUAUAUUUGGUUGGUGAUUCCAGUGACUUUAUUA